AUGAACAAUUCGAAUAAUUCCAAGAAAGGUUCAUGUAAGGCUGCCAAUUUAAAUGGUAAACGAAAGUCCGAUGACGCCGCAAUUCAAGAAUUUAUCGAUAAAUUAAAUUUAGAGAAUAUCAUUUCACCAAAAUUACCAGCGGAAGAAUUAGUAAACAGAGAGUUAAAUAAAGAGGGAACGCCUAAAAAAUCAAUGAACUGCUUUAUUUGUUUCAGACAAGUCUUUUAUCUGGAAGUUGGUAAGCAAAAACUUUUAAAGUUUGCAAAAGAUGGGGUAUUUAUUACAGAUGCUGCGACUAAACUUUGGAACUCCAAGGAAGAAAUUCAUGACCAUUACAAAAGGCUUGCAGAAGAAGUAAAAAUAUUGCAGUCUGCUUUACAUAAAGACAAUAAUCCUAAGAAGAAUCUGGUUUCUGAGAAUUUCUGUAAUUAUAAUAGUGAUGAUAUCGUUAAAAGAAUAAACAAAGAUAAGGCGAAAAUACAAAAGCGAACAAAAAAUAAAAUUAGGGAAAAACACACGACUCAAAAAGGCCUUUCAUCUCAAUCGCAAAAGAUAAUUCCAACUCAAUUGCAACAGCAAAUUCUUCCAUCUCAAUCGCAACCAAAUCUUCAACUUUUAGGUGACCGAUAUGCUCAAAUGGUUCAUCAAAUCGCACCAAUUUAUCAUCCGCCCGACCAACAGCAACAUUUAAUGAAUACGGAUUCAUUUUCACCUUUCGUUUACUUAGAUCCAUUUCCUGGUUAUUUCUCUUUAUUUGUUUAA